GAAUGACAAAUUCAGUUUCCCGCUAAUUUAUUAAAAACCAAUUUUUAAGUUGUCCAAAUUUUCUACCAGAAUUAUAAUAUGGAUAAAAAUGGAUCCGCAGCCGGAGGUUUUCAAGCGGCCUCCAAUAAGGAUGACGGGCUCGAAGAGCCAGAUUCUCAAAAAACUGGCGCCAAGCCGCAGCCGGUCCCGAUCAGUGGGCUUGAAGGCCCACGAUCCAAGUACGUCAAGCUCGUGAGUAAUGACGACCACGAGUUCAUUAUAAAAAGGGAGGUGGCCAUGACUUCGAAAUCCCUUAGAGAAUUGUUCGCAAAUCCAACAGUUGACUUGGCGGCGGCAAACAACACCGUCUACUUCAGUGAUUUCCAGUCGCAUAUCUUGCAAAAGGUCUGCCAUUAUCUAGCUUACAAGACCAAAUAUCGUCACUCUCGUGUUGCCCCACCGUUCGACAUCCCUCCGGAUAUUGCGAUGGAUCUUCUAGCGGCCGCUAAUGAGCUGGAAUGCUGAGUUUUUUUUGAAAUCGUGGAGAUUUUUGAAAUAAACUUGCAAUUUUCGAAUAAAGUUUUCGAUUUUU